UUGCAGAACUGCAGCAGGAGUAGUGGUGCAGGCAGCUUCCUUGAGGACAGUGGGAGAACUCGUCGGUCCUGCAGGAGAAGGCACUUGGAGUCCAGAGCUUCCAGAAAAGAUCAUGGCUGAGCCCAGUGACAACUCUCUGAGGAUUGUUCUGGUAGGGAAAACAGGAAGUGGGAAAAGUGCCACAGCAAACACUAUCCUGGGGCAGAAGACAUUUGCUUCUAGAAUUGCACCCCAUGCUGUCACUAAGAACUGUCAGAGAGCAUCCCGCAAGUGGAAGGAGAGAGAGCUCCUGGUUGUGGACACCCCAGGGCUCUUUGACACCAGAGUGAAGCUGGAAACCACCUGCAUUGAAGUCAGCCGGUGUGUCCUCUACUCCUGCCCUGGGCCUCACGCCAUCAUCCUGGUACUGCAGCUGGGUCGCUACACAGAGGAAGAGCAAGAAACUGUCAUUAGGAUCAAGGCUAUCUUUGGGGAGGCGGCCAUGAAGUACAUGGUUGUCUUGUUCACCCGCAAAGACGAGCUGGAGGACCAGACCCUAGGUGACUUCAUAGCAGACUCAGAUACAAACCUAAAAAGCAUCAUCAAGGAGUGUGACGGCCGCUGCCUGGCCAUCAACAACAAAGCAGAGAAGGCCGAGAGGGAUAUGCAGGUGCAGGAGCUGGAGGAGCUGGUAGAAGCUAUGGUGCAGAAAAACGGUGGGGUCUACUUCUCUGACGCCAUAUACAAGGAUGCGGAGCAAAGGCUGAAGAAAGAAGAGGAGAUCCUGAGGAAACUUUACACUCAUCAAAAAGAGAAUGAGAUUAGAAUAGUAGAGGAAGAGAAUGCUCUUGGAAAACUUAGUACUCAGGAAAAAGAGGGCCUAAUACAAGCAAUUAAGGAAAGAUAUGACAAAAAGAUAAGACAAGAAGCAGAGGAUAACAUAUUUAGCCAGAUUGUUGAAGGAGUUAAGAAAAUUCUUUUGAAAAUUUGGCACGUGGUGGUGGCACGCACCUCUAAUCCCAGCACUCGUGAGGCAAAGGCAAACGGAUCUCUGUGAGUUUGAGGCCAGCCUAGUCUCCAGAGCGAGUUCCACGACAGGUGCUAAAGCUACAAAGAAACCUUGCCUUAAAAAGAAAGAAAGAAAGGAAAGGAAAGGAAAUGUUGCAUUUUCCAUAAGUAGUCUGUGCAUAUAUUUUUAUUUCAUUCGUUCUGAGCAUUUCUCCAUCUCAUUCCCUACCAUUCUCCCUGCUGGCCCUUUCCUACAGUCACCAACAAACUUAAGAGAUAGCAGAACUGGGAAUUCACUGAAGCAGAGUCAAGACUCAGUGUCAGGCUCCAAGACCAGGUCUCUCAUUCCACACUCAGCCCCCUGUGCUAGCUUGUCCUGUCUUACCCAUGCUGAUGGAUCGGAACGCCUCUGUAACCAUGAGACCAAAUAAACACCUCCUGUGA